AUGCUCAUUAAACUCGACGACCUCUCCCACCCGGAGACCCGCGCCCUCCUGGCCCUCCACAUCGCCGACCUCCAACGCAAAUCGCCCGCCGAGUCCUGCUACGUCCUCGACCUCACGGCCCUCCAGCAACCCGCCAUCUCCAUGUAUACGGCCUGGCACGGCCCGGAUCUCCUGGGAUGCGGCGCGCUCAAAGAGCUCUCCCCGACGGCGGGCGAGAUCAAGUCCAUGCGCACGGCGGCGGCGCAUCUCCGCAAGGGUGUGGCGCGCGCCCUCGUACAGCAUAUCAUUCGUGAGGCGCGGAGGAGGGGGUAUGUGUGGUUGAGUCUGGAGACGGGGACUGACAGCUCGUUUACGGCGGCGAGGGAGUUCUAUGCUGGCCAGGGGUUUGAGGUCUGUGAGGCGUUUGGGGAUUAUGUGCCCCGUGCUGGGACUUGUUUCAUGAGGUUGAGGUUGGGUUGA